GCUACCGGGAGGCUGCGCGGCGGGGGCGAACCGGACUGGCCCUGCAGCGGCUCGCUCAGGCCGUGCGUAGUCGCUGCAGCCACCGGGAGAGGGGAAGCGACUCCCGCGGGCGUACUUGGCAGAGCAGGGAGGAGCGAAGGGAGAACACCCGGCGUCUGCCGUCUCGAAUUUCUCUCGGCCCUUGUCAUUUGAUUCGUUACCCGAAAUGCAUGGUCAUGGGGGCUAUGACUCUGAUUUUAGUGAUGAUGAACACUGUGGUGAAUCUAACAAAAGGAAAAAAAGGACAGUUGAAGAUGAUUUACUGCUCAAAAAGCCAUUUCAGAAAGAAAAACAUGGAAAGGUGGCCCAUAAACAAGUUGCCACAGAAUUGCUGGAUAGGGAAGAAGCAAAAAAUAGAAGGUUUCAUCUGAUAGCUAUGGAUGCUUAUCAAAGGCAUACAAAGUUUGUAAAUGACUAUAUUUUGUACUAUGGUGGCAAAAAAGAAGACUUCAGGCGAUUGGGGGAAAAUGACAAGACAGACAUGGAUGUUAUACGAGAAAAUCAUAGAUUCCUAUGGAAUGAGGAGGAUGAAAUGGACAUGAAUUGGGAGAAGAAACUUGCAAAGAAAUACUAUGAUAAAUUAUUCAAGGAAUACUGCAUAGCAGAUCUCAGUAGAUACAAAGAAAAUAAGUUUGGAUUUAGGUGGCGAGUAGAAAAAGAAGUAAUUUCAGGAAAAGGCCAGUUUUUCUGUGGAAAUAAAUGUUGUGAAGAAAAAGAAGAUUUGAAGAGUUGGGAAGUUAAUUUUGGUUACAUUGAACAUGGUGAAAAGAGAAAUGCACUUGUUAAAUUAAGAUUAUGCCAAGAAUGUUCCUUUAAAUUAAAUUUUCAUCACAGGAGAAAAGAAGUCAAGUCAAAAAAAAGAAAGGAUAAAUCCAAAAAAGAUCAUGAAGAGUCAUCACAUAAAAAAUCCAGAUCAUCUUCUGUAGAAGAGACGUCUCAGAAAAAAGCAAAAGGGCAUUCAUCCUCAAAGAAAUCAGAAAAUUCUGUGAACAGAAAUUCUGAUGAAGAUGAAGGUACUUCAGAAUCUGAACUUUGGAAGGGCCCCCUACCAGAGACAGAUGAAAAAUCACAAGAAGAGGAAUUUGAUGACUAUUUUCAAGAUUUAUUUCUGUGAGAUGGAAGAGAGAAGCCUACGUUCCUUAAUGUGAAAGUGCACUUUGAAACUCUCCACAACAAUGUCAUCUACAGGUUGCAGCUUGAGUGGUUUAUCUUUGGAAAUAAAAAUCCAACUACUGUCAGGAUGUCAGCUGCUUUGAAAGUUUUUCAGUUCCAUUGGAGACAUGUUUCCCUUUCCCUUCUGUGUCUUUUCAAUUGCUUAUAUACAGCCGCUCCGCCCACAGCUCCUCAAGGGUGAAGCUAGUACACUGUACAGAGAGUCUGUUGUUCCUGUAAUUUGUAGUUUUUGUUGUUUUACUCAUUCAUAUUUAUCUUCCCUUGCCUCAGUUAGUUUAAAUUAUUAGAAUUAUUGGUAUCUCACAAAAAAUUAUAAAAUAGAGUAAGUAUGUCUCUCCAGGUUCUAUUUAUUUACUUUCCUUUCAUCCACUGGCACCCUCUUUUUAAGCACCUGCUUUCCCAUCACCACCUGUUUCUAGCUGCCUUUUUUUUUGCUUACCUUUCUCUUGCUUUCUUCUCCCCUAUACUACUUAAGGGAGUUUGUUAUAAUCAAAGUUGACUUCCCAGUGUGUGAGCAGUUUAUUAUAAAGUAAGUUAAUACUAUUGGGGGGGGGGGGCAAAUGAGGUCCCAGAAGUCAAACCAGUAGAUUAGGUUAAAAGUUGACUUGGGGCACCUGGGUGGCUCAGUCGGUUAAGCGUCCGACUUCGGCUCAGGUCAUGAUCUCGCGGUCCGUGAGUUCGAGCCCCGCAUCGGGCCCUGGGCAGAUGGCUCAGAGCCUGGAGCCUGCUUCCGAUUCUGUGUCUCCCUCUCUCUCUGCCCCUCCCCCAUUCAUGCUCUGUCUCUCUCU